GAAUAUUAUGGUACUUUGAGUCAUUGGAACUAGUGAACGUUUGACCUUUUAACUGUGCUAGUAAUGUGCUGUAGCACAACACAGUGCAGCUGUGAGUAAAUGUUACCUUGGUUAAUCCUCCAAAACUGGUAAACCACAUGCAGUCCAAAGUAAUACUAUAGCACCAGCACUGGAACAUUGCAGAAACACUAUUACUCUGCAUCUGAGAACAAGAGAGCAACGUGUACAGAUUUGGAAACUGGACUCUAAAGAACAUAAGCCAUUAAAGCGCCAUUACUAAGUUAAAAGAAACCAUUACUUCUUCAGUAAAUCAAUAUUUAGGAUCACUGAUUUUAGAAACAUUCAGAUAAUGGUGGAUGUGUUCUGUGGUAGAACGCUUAUUAAUAAAGAUGGUGAUCUUGUAGACCCCGAGGAAGCACUACGGAAUAAAAUUGUUGGUAUUUAUUUUUCAGCAGGCUGGUGUGCUCAUUGCAGAGAUUUUGCUCCAAUCCUGUGUGAUUUCUACACAGAACUGGUGGAAGAAUCUGACCAUCCAGCCCAGUUUGAGAUUGUCUUUGUUUCCUCAGAUAGAAGUGCAGAUGAAAUGGUAGAGUAUAUGCAUGACAUGCAUGGAGAGUGGCUUGCACUGCCCUGGCACGAUCAAUACAAGCAUGAACUGAAGAAAAGGUACAGCAUUACAGCUCUUCCAAAGUUGGUAAUAGUAAAACAAAAUGGAGAUGUCAUCACCGACAAAGGCAGAAAGCAAAUCCGGGAUAAAGGCCUUGCUUGUUUCCAAAACUGGCUGGAAGCAGCAGACAUCUUUCAGAAUUUCCAGUUCAGUGGAUAAGAACUAAAAUCAU